AUGGCGGCCGCAGCUGAGAAACCACCCACCAUGGAGCGGACUACCCGGGACAUGGAGAAGCUUAGCAUUUCAGCCUACGGAAAAGCGCGGUCUACGGUGACUGGCACACCAUUGAGCCCUGAUGAGGUCCAGAAAUAUACUGAAUACUUCCAUGCGUCACUAUAUCUCUGUAUGGGUAUGAUCUUUCUCAGGGAAAAUCCUCUGCUUCGGGAACCCUUGAUGCACGAUCAUCUGAAGAAGCGAUUGUUGGGACAUUGGGGCUCCGAUGCCGGACAGAUAUUCAUAUACAUGCAUAUGAACCGCUUGAUCAAAAAGCAUGAUUUGAAUUCCAUAUACAUCUCUGGACCUGGUCAUGGGGCGCCAGCAGUUCUCUCGCAGGCAUACCUCGAGGGCACAUAUUCCGAGGUCUAUCCUCAUAAAAGCGAGGAUGUCGAGGGAAUGAGACUGUUCUUCAAGGAGUUCUCCUUCCCUGGCGGCAUUGGCUCACAUGCCACUCCCGAGACUCCGGGUAGCAUCCACGAAGGUGGCGAGCUGGGCUACUCGCUCUCUCAUGCUUUCGGCACAGUCUUCGAUAACCCCGAUCUCAUUACUCUUUGCGUGGUGGGCGACGGAGAAGCGGAGACCGGUCCGCUGGCUACGAGUUGGCACUCAAACAAGUUCUUGAAUCCCAUCACCGACGGAGCGGUGCUUCCCGUAUUGCAUCUCAACGGAUAUAAAAUCAACAAUCCCACUGUUCUUGCGCGCAUCAGUCAUGAGGAACUGGAGGCAUUGUUCAUCGGCUACGGUUAUACUCCAUACUUUGUGGAGGGCUCCGACGUGCCGUCGAUGCACCAGGCCAUGGCCCAUACCAUGGAUGUCUGCAUCAACGAAAUCCGGAGAUUUCAGAAGCAAGCACGAGACUCUGGCCAGACCUUCAGGCCUCGUUGGCCAAUGAUAGUGCUCCGCACACCCAAAGGCUGGACCGCCCCUAGGAAGGUGGAAGGCCACUAUCUUGAGGGCUUCUGGCGUGCUCACCAAAUACCUCUGCCCCAGGCUACCCAAGAUGCGACUCAGCUGAAGAUCCUGGAAGGUUGGAUGCGUAGCUACCAGCCCGAUAAGCUUUGGGACGGAAACGGUGCUCUCCGUGUUGACCUCAAAGCCCUAGCGCCGACAGGAAACCGCAGAAUGAGUGCAAAUCCUAUCGCUAACGGUGGCCUUCUGCGGAAAAAGCUAAAUGUUCCAGAUUUCCAGCAAUAUGAGGUUGAGGUGAAGAAAGGGGGUGGAACUAUCUUUCCCAGCAUGAAAAACUUCGGGCGGUUCCUGCGCGAUAUCAUCAAGGAGAAUCCUCACAAUUUCCGCGUCUUUGGCCCUGAUGAAACAGAAUCAAACAAGUUAGGAGUCAUAUACGAGGCUGCAAAGAAGGCGUGGAAUGCCGACUACUUCGAGGAGGAUGCUGACGGGGGCAACCUGGCCCUUGAAGGCCAGGUCAUGGAAAUUCUCAGCGAGCAUACUUGCGAGGGAUGGCUGGAAGGGUAUAUUUUGUCCGGUAGACACGGGUUCCUUAACAGCUACGAGCCCUUCAUCCACGUGAUUGACUCCAUGGUCAGCCAGCACUGCAAGUGGCUUGAGAAGUGCCUGGAAGUUGACUGGCGUGUACCCGUUGCCUCACUCAACAUCCUUAUCACGGCAACUGUUUGGCGCCAGGACCACAAUGGCUUCACCCACCAAGACCCGGGCUUCUUAGACGUAGUGGCCAACAAGAGCCCUGAAAUCGUCCGCAUUUACCUCCCACCCGAUGGCAACUGCCUCCUCUCCGUCAUGGACCACUGUUUCCGCAGCUCCAACUACGUUAACAUCGUUGUCGCCGACAAGCAAGAACACCUGCAGUAUCUCAGCAUGGAAGACGCCGUCGCCCACUGCACGAAGGGCAUCGGCAUCUGGGACUGGGCAAGCAAAGAUGCAGGCGUGGAACCCGAUAUCGUUAUGGCGUCGUGCGGCGACGUGGCGACCAUGGAGUCCCUGGCCGCGACUGCACUCCUUCGCCAACAUAUCCCGGAACUGAGGAUCCGCUUCGUGAAUGUCGUGGACUUAUUCAAACUCACGCCUCGGUGGGCGCAUAAGCACGGGAUGAACGACUGGGAGUGGAGAGCCAUCUUCACCGAAGACAAACCCGUCCUGUUCAACUUCCAUUCGUACCCUUGGCUCAUUCACCGUCUGGCGUACAAGCGCAAGGGCGGACCUCUUACCGUCCGCGGAUACAAAGAGAAGGGCAACAUUGACACUCCGCUUGAGCUCGCUAUUCGCAAUGGCACUGAUCGCUUCAGCUUGGCAAUCGAUGCCAUUGACCGGAUCGCGAGUCUAGGGAAUAAGGGCGCCGCAGUGAGGGAGAGGUUGCUGAAUCAGCGGAUCAGUGCCGUCAAUUAUGCUUUCCGCGAGGGUAUGGAUCCGGAGGAGUUGACGAAGUGGGUGUGGCCUUUCGAGGACGGUAAUAAAUAG